GAAAGAAGAAAAGGCAAAAUGGAAAAGGUCAAGACUCGCGGAAUUAUUGGAUUGAAUUGGAACCCCACUCAUCCAAACUCAAAAGCUGAAUCCCCUUUUUUUCUUGUACAGUUGAAUUAGGUUUUACGAUAGAAUCACUGUUUUUCAAUUCUGAAUUUCGAAUUUCGAAUUUCGAAUUCUGAUACCUGACAAAAAAAAAAAAAAAACGAGAAAUCGAAUUCAGAAAUGGCAACUCCAUGUUCGCAUACAUGCCUGGCGUUCAUCCUCAAAUUCCUGAAUUUUCUUCAGGCGUUUGUUGGUGUGGCGAUAAUCGUAUGCUCUGCUUUUAUGCUCAAUCAAUGGCACCACCACCACCACCUCCAACAAUUUCCUCCGCCGGCGGACGUCAUUGACCCUCUGAAUUCAGCAUCCGGCGUCGUAUCUGCACACGAUGACUCGCUGCGCUUCGAUUUCCACUCUCUACCAGCUCCUUGGUUUAUAUAUGCAUUGAUGGGAUUCGGGAUUUUGGUGUGCUGUAUCACUUUCAUUGGUCACAUUGCUGCCGAGGCGAUCAGCGGCUGUUGCCUUUGCUUUUACACUAUGCUCACUACAAUGUUUAUUCUGUUGGAAGCGAGUUUGGUGGCUUUCAUUGCUCUCGAUCACCACUGGCAGAAGGAUAUCCCAGUCGAUCCCACUGGAGAACUUGACAGUCUACUUGUCUUCAUCAAAGACAACGUUGAUGUCUUUAUAGGGGUCGGCAUCGCAAUUGUUGUUAUACAGGUGUUAUCCCUGCUUAUUGCAAUAAUUCUGAGAUCAUUGGUUUCGGAACGGAGAACAGAUGACGACAUUGAGGAAGAUUUUGGUUUUAGGGGUAGUGCGAGGGAACCACUUGUUGCUCCAUAUUCAAGCCAGACAUCUCCUUCAAUUAGAGGUGAUUCCGAUAUCUGGAGUUCAAGGAUGAGAGAUAAGUAUGGACUGAACAGCGGUGAUGCAAAACACAGUUUAUUGAACCAGAACCAAUCCAAUGAUGUUAAGUAGCGAAGUGAUUUUUGAGGACACGACAGAUCUCUCGCAGCAAAUUAAUUUCGGUGUGUGUUCGUUUUCCUUAUUGACCAGCAUCUCGUGCCAUUUAAUUCUUUCUUUUCUUCUUCUUCUUCUUCCUUCCUGAUUUAGCAAAGUUUGAGGUAAAUAUGUCUUCCAAUCAAUUUUUUUUUGUGUCCCCUAAUUUCUUUAUUGUAUAUUGGUAGAAAAAUGGUGUGAAAUGAGUUUGCACAAUCUGUAACAUAAAAAGAAGAAAUUGGAGCUCUUGAGUGUUGUUGCUAUAUAUACAUGUAUGUUUGCUGUAAUUGUUCAGAACCCAAGGCUUUGGCUACUGAUUAUUCAAGACUUAAUUGCAAA